CGAAAAGAGUUGAAGUACACAGAUACGUUUAAAAAAAGAAGGAUGUAAACUUAACGCCAUAUUUGACGAAUGUAGCUACAAAAGAUGUGGAUGUAUAAAUGGGUAGGAAGUCAGAAUCAAGAUACAAACCAAAAUCUCAGGAACGUGAAAAACGACGAGCAAGGCGAAAACAGGACAGAAGAUGCCGAGAUAUCAGAAUUGGUGGUUGUAUAUUUGUGUUAGGAUUUCCUCUAUUGUUAGCUGGUACCAUCAUUCUUAUUGUGACCAAUGUUAACAAAAAUCAACAAUCUUUACCGUCAUCCUUAUUCUUGUUAGGACCAUUGUUUACCGGAUUAUCUUUACUAUGUUUUAUCUUAGGAUUAUUGCUUACGGAAAUCAUUAACAUAGAACCUUUAAUAUAUCGGAUCAUCCCAGAUAAUCCAAAAACCUGUCCGUUUUUGUAUAAUUUGUUCAAGAAAGACAACCAGCAAUACAUCGAUCAACAAACUGCUAUAAUUUCUCAACAGCUACCACCAUCUAAAUCAGCAUUACGGAAACCUCCUAAUCCAGAAUCCCAACCACCAACGAAAGUACGUCGCGGAGUAACAUUUUCUGAAACCUCUAGCGGAUCUGAGGAAAAGUAUUCGUCUCAGAUAUCAUUAGUAUCGUUAAGAAACUGUAAAAUACAUCCUUCUUUCGAGGAAGAUGAGGGUGGGAGUAAAACACAAACUGACACAGUGUACAUCGUUAGUCCGUCAACUUUACCCAUAGCUGAUUCGAACCAAACGAACGAUGAUGAAGUUUUUCAUUCCAAUGAAGAUGUUGUUUAAUGUCGAAAGUGUUGUACCAUUGAACCACCGAUUGUUGUAAAAAAUAUCACAAGUCGUUGUGUUGGAAUUAUAAUGACAAGUUUUUGCUCAAUUUUCAUACUGUUGAAUACAUCUUAAACGAUAUUAUGGCUAGACCCCUUCCAAAUCCAAACGGCUGAUUGACAUUAUUCAAGAAGCAGCAUAAUGAGAGAUUCUCUUUUAUUGUACGGGUUUUAUAAUGCUUUUUUGAAUAACAUGCAUUUUUAAAGUUAACGUUAACUUUUAUUUUAACCCUUUUGUUUUUGCAUAUAUCCAAUGUACCUCAGAAUUUUAAAAUUUUAUUGUCCCAUGGCAUCCUAUUGCUAGAUCUAAAAUUUUGCCUCUUGCAGUGCUGAACUAUGAAAUGAUAUUCAAUGAAUAUGACAAUAAAUUGCAGAUAUUUUUAAAUGUUCUUAUUAUGACGAAUCCCAAAUUGCCAAUAUAUAACAUCAAUUAUCCCAAAUUGUAUAAAAUAUGUUGUGUUAUGUUUCGCAUUUUUAUACCAUUAUCUAUUGUGAUAAGCAUAUUUAGUUUUUAUAUGUAGUUGCAACCAUCCGAGUGCUCUUAUUUUAAAGUUUUAAAUAAUGUGAUUAUUAAAUAUAUUUCGUUAAUUUUGUGUUUAACAAAGAAUAAUGUAUAUAGUAUAUUGUGCCAAACUUGAAUGUUAUGUUAUGAAAAUAAACUGUGUGAAAUUC